AAAUUAAAAGUAACAACAACGAGACAGCGGCGGCAACAAUUAAUACCGCGCGCACUCGAAGGCGCGCAAUUAAACCGCCCAACCGAUCAUGCGCCGGGGGGAAUUACGUAACUCGUUGGGAGAAUCUUUCGUUCGGGAUCGGAUGCGCUUCGAAAUUUCACGAAAAGUAUAUUAUAAACUGUACCCGCGCGCAUCGAGGCGUGUGUACACUGUAAAAAAUAAUUUUAAAUUUCAAGUACUUUUAAAGGACAUUGAUACCUCAAUAUUCAAGUCGGUAUACCUUAAUGACCUAUUAAGUGAUAUUUAAUUUAAAGUUACAAGAAGUAACCAAAAAAAAAAAUAAUUUUUACAUGAAAAAUAAAGUACCAAUAUGAAAAUUAAUGCACUGGUACUUAUAAUAAAAUUAAAGAAAAUAUACUGGAUAUUUAUUUGACUAAUACGUGGAUUUUAAAGUAAAGGACUUUAAAACUACUGCAUAUUUUAUGAAAUUGAAUUACAAUACUUGCAUUAAAAAUAAUGCAAAAUACUUGAAAAUUACAAAACUGUCGUGUAUUCUAAACUCAGGCAAGUAUAUUGAAAUUUCUACGUACUUUUACUGAUAUUUCAAGGUACGUAUUGUAAAAUAAAUGCAUAGUUAGAUAUCGCGAGUUAAAAUACUCGCAUUGAAAAUAAUGCAAAAUACUUGAAAAAUACAAAACCGUCGUGUAUUCUAAACUCAGGCAAGCGUAUUGAAAUUUCCACGUACUUUUACUGAUAUUUCAAGGUACGUAUUGUAAAAUAAAUGCGUAGUUGGAUAUCGCGAGUUUAAAUACUUGCAUUGAAAAUAAUGCAAAAUACUUGAAAAAUACGAAACCGUCGGGUAUUCUAAACUCAGGCAAGCAUAUUGAAAUUUCCACGUACUUUUACUGAUAUUUCAAGGUACGUAUUGUAAAAUAAAUGCGUAGUUGGAUAUCGCGAGUUUAAAUACUUGCAUUGAAAAUAAUGCAAAAUACUUGAAAAAUACGAAUCCGUCGGGUAUUCUAAACUCAGGCAAGCAUAUUGAAAUUUCGACGUACUUUUACUGAUUUUUUGAAGUACGAACAUAAAAAUUAUAGUAGCGUUUUAACUUGACUUGACUUGGGAUAAUCAUCGGACAUACGUGCACUUGGUUUAUAUAAUCUAUCGAAUACAAAUCAGAAUUGUCCCGUGGAGGUAAUAUAAUUCAAAUAGCAGCAUCGAACAUCGUUAUGUUCGCGCACGGAAAUAGGUAAGUUAUAAAAUAUAAUCGUUCAAUUUUAUUUAAAGGUUAUUAAUAACGAUAAUUUUGUACUUUGGGUACUGUAAAUGAUCUACAAAACUUCUUUGAGUCUUAUUCACACUGAAAAAAUCCUACGACUGGACAAAAAAUUUACCAAUAUCUUCAAAUAUUGGGUAUUGAGCAAAUAAAUGUUGAUACAGCAGUACAAUUUUAUUUGUCUGAUUUCAUCGAAAACAUACCAUUUCCAGGAAACCAUUUUUUUGUAUUUAAACAUCCAUUAUAACCCAAAGAAAUGAAAACCUUGCAAGCCUUCCUUACACGUUAAACAAAAAGCUUUUUAUACUGCAUAUGUAUACAAAAAGGUAAUGCAAAAAGCUUAUUAUAUUCUGCAUAGGUAUACAAAAUAAAACUAUUCAUUGAAAAUUCAAAAGUAAUAGUAUUGAAAUCGAUAAAGUAGAUUGCCGAAUAAGUAUUAUCGAUAUGAGCGCUACAUCUUAGGCUCACUCUUAGGCAUUAAAAACAUUAUGAUAGUUCACCGUUCACGUGUAAAAGAGCUUAUAGAUAGCAAGUGCAGAUGUUUAAUCAUUUUUAAUUGUUAUUAUUAAUUGUGCAUGCUGCAGCCUACCUGUAUCUGAAAGAUACGUACGGAAUAUACAAUUUCUUUACCUGAUCAAAGGAAUCAAAGGAAUUAUAAAACAAAUACCGCCUUAUUUAAGAGGCUAAACGUAUAUGCGUAACUAUAACCUUAAUUGGACAUUUGGACGGUAUUGCAUCAGUUUUACAAUGUACUUAAGUGAGUUAUCAACUUUGUACGAUUGAUUGAAAAACCAUUACAGAGUUACAGGCCUUUCAAAGAGUUGACUCCGAGAUAUAAGAGAAAAAAUGUAUAAGCGUUGCCUGCUGCGUUACAGAAUUAUCCUUGUAUCGACGUAAAAAGUUUAACAUUAGAAAAUGUACGAUUCCCAGGAUAGAACUUUACCCAUCGAGUACGUUCUGAAUAAACAUAAAUUCCAAAAAAUAUCGAUGACAGUAUCAAGCAUAUUAUUAAAACAAUAGUUCAUUGCACGUCUUGAAACUUUUUAUAAGAAAGUCAUUUCAGCAAUACGUUCAAACUUCAACAAGUAAAGCACUUCAAAAAUAUAUGCAACUUGCUAUUAUAACCUCUAGUAAAAAAUGUAGAAAAUAUUGCUUCAGUUUUCAUAUGACUUGUGAUAAUCCUUAAAUAUUCUGAGUAUGAUAAAAUAUUUUGAGUGCAAUGGUGCCUUAUCUUGACUAAUAUCAAGUUGACACAUUCUUAGAUUUCGAAUUUGAUUUGAACGUGUUAAGCUUGUCAAUAGCCUGUAGAGACAAGUAUAUAUAUAUAUCUUGAAUUUGUGAAUGAAUCAUUAGGACCUUUCUUCUUCGCAACUGAGUUUAUCUGUUGGGUGAGCCUGGAGUAUUUGUUAUUGUAUGCAAUUAUUCAACGACGUACAUCCGACUCCUUGGCCUUAAGUUUCCAGUGAUAGACAAAUAUAGCAUAUUCCCAUAAUAUCAAAAAAAAUUCUAAGUUCCAGUAUACGAAUCUCUCUAUUAAGAUAACAGCUUCACAACAAUCCAUUUGAAUAAAUUAGAUACUUUUAUAACUACAAUGUAUUUUGAAGUUGUUUUUUUUUUUUAUGCUGGAGUAUCAUCAUUUAUUUUCAAGAAAAAACUUGUAUAUUAAAAAAUAUUAUCCAGUAAGCAAAAUUUGUGAAUAACAAACAACUUCAACAAGUGAAGCACUUCAGAAAUUUCAGUAUCCUAUUAUUUUACUUGAAAAUCUUGAAAAAUUACAGAGAAUAUUGCAACAGAUUCCAUGCGACUUGUGAUAAUUCCUAAAUAUUCUGACUAUUAUAAAAUAUUUUGAGUACAAUGAUGUCUUAUCUUGACUCAUAUUAGAUUGAGACAUUCUUAGAUUUCAAAUUUGAUUUGAAUUUGUUAAACUUGUUAGUAGCCUAUGGAGACAAAUAAAUAUAUGUAUAUCUAGAAUCUGUGAAUGAAGAAUUAGGACCUUUCUUUUCUUAACAGCUGGAUUUAUCUGUCGGGUGAGCCUGAAGCAUUUGUUAUUGUAUACAAUUACUUGACUUGAAAAUCAUGAAAAACCAGCUUAGGAGCAGUUGAAGACAGCUUUUAUACACAGUCCAAAAAAACGGAUUUUUUGUGUAUCAUAUCAGAUUGCACUUAUCUGGAGAUUUUAGUAGUAGUCAAGUGCUGCAAAUUUUAACAUUAUAUAAAGUAAAACAAAACAUUUAUAAGCCUGCUGUUGACGUGAAGGUAAAAUUUGUAGAUAUUGUAAACUUGUGUGUGACGUUUACGCCAGUGUGUUUGUAGUACUACAUAAUUUUUAACGAAGAUAAAGAUUUGUGAAAACUAUAAACCAUGUGUAAUUUAAAAACAAUCAAAUGCAGUGAGUGCAAGUUUUUAUAUCAUGAGCUGCAAAAAAAUAUUUGGAUUUUUAGAAUUAUUACAAUCAUGAAAACUAAAAUGAUAUUGAAAUAUCACUUGGCCGUUUUAAAUUUUUUCAUCCGACUUACAAAUACUUCUUGGUUCUUGUACGGCUUAGAUUUACAAAGCAUAAAUUUGGAUAAAAUAGGUAUUGCAUCUGAUCUACGAAACUUCUUUGAGUCUUAUUCAAACCCAAAAAAGCAUAUAAACGGACAAAAAAUUGACCAAUAUCCUCAAGUUUUGCAAAUAAAUGUGGACGCAUAUCGAAUGGGUCGUCUUUAUACAAUAGAACAUCCUGGAAAAUCAAGAGUUAUGAUCAAAGCUGACAGCAUUGAAGGAAUAAAGUCUGCAGCGAUUGAAAAAUUCAAACUGUCUGGAGAAAAAUCAUAUAAGCUGUUAUUAAUGCCGGACCAUAUUGAAAUGGACGAUGAUGAAAUUUUGUUCGAAUAUACCAUGCAACAAGGAAACACAGCAAUUGUCUUUCGUGUUGUCGAUGCGGAGUUUAAUAUUGAAAAUAACUCUGAAAAAGAAAAUGAUGCAAAAGAAAACAACAAAAAUGAUGAAAAUGCAUUAGUUCCCAUGGUGCCAAAUAACGGGGAUGUCCGGAAUGAAUUAGUUCCCAGGGUGCGAGAUAACGAGGGGGCCCAAAAUCCUCCCAUUGUAAGCGUCAAAGAGGGUAUAUGGGAUAAAAUUCCAGGAGAUAUCUUAAAUGAUUUAAAUGCAGGAAGAAAUUUGAGAGAUGGAGAUAGAAAUGUCGUUUUGUGCUUGGUCAGAGAUUAUAUGUACUAUGGUAUUAAAGAUUGUCGUAGGAGUAAAGCUAUGGAACUUGCACAAAUGUUAUGCGCCAAAUAUCCUGCUUCAUUCUCUGCCACAGUUGGCACAAGUAAGCAAACAUUUGGAAACGGUUAUGAAGACACAUUUGAUUCAUUGUACAAUAAGGUCAUGUAUAAGAAAUGGUCUGAUGAACAAGAAAAAAAGCGCACUCGAAAUUCAAAUGAAUCCUCUGACUCGGAAGAAGAACAAGUGAUAAAGAAAAAACAAAAAAUUACAAAGUUUGACGUCUACGGUUGCGAAGAAUAUGCACCACCGUUACCAGAGGCAGAGACCCUUGAUACUCAAGAAACAACGAGAUUGCAGUUACUAGAUCAAUAUAAAUUGGAAAAUACAGAAAAUGUUGAUGAAAUGAUGAUGAAAUGUUAUCCGACUAUCCGAAUGAAACUGAACGAAAAACCGGAUUUACUCGACAUUGAAAAAGAUUGGCCAUUUCUACAAACUCCUGAAUUCUUUUUGCAACACUGCAAUAGAUUACUCGGCAAAAAUGUCGUCAACACCUGGACUACUUCAUUACAAAAAAAAUGUUCAGGAAUUAAUGACUUUAUGAGACAAUGUAAAAGUAUGAAAAAAAAAGAAACUUUCAAGAAAGUCAGGAAAGAAUUCAAGGCAGCUUCUGAAACUAGAAGAGAUCAGAUACCCACUUCAAUAGGGGCAAUAUUAUCAGUUAUAAUAUAUUUUUCGGAAGAUGAGAAACUUCUUUACAAGAUAUUGAGUAAUGCAGGUGAAUCCUCCGACGAUUCUGAUAUAUCGCCGUAUCCUUUUCUUGAAGUACAAGGUGAUUCUCUGUAUGAUGAAUUAGCCGUGAGCACAGUAAUAAUUGAUGGGAAGUACAAAAUAAAAACUAAUGACGUCGUUGAAGGUCUGCUAAUAACUUUCUUGGCCUAUUAUGUCUAUGGAAUUAUGUACCCCUCGGGCUUGGCUAAAACAUUGGAAUUUAUUCAGAGAUUAUUCAUGGAUAUCAAUCCGACUGAAGGAAGUAAAUUUCAAUAUAAAAAAAAGAAAAACUUCAAUGCAGGCGUUCGUAAAUUGUCAAAUCUACUUGACGAGUUUACCGAAAAUUUCACUUUGACUUAAGCUUCAGAUUUAUUUACAGCUCUGUCAUUUUUUUUUUAAAAGUUACCAAAUUUUAAAACACGUUUGAAUAUUUAGUUUUUUUGUCAUGUUCUCAUUAUAAGAUGAGUCUCUAAUCUCUAUUAUCUAUGUCACAAUAUUUCAGUUUCAAAAAUAAAUAUACU